AUGAAUAAUCGAUGUGAUAAGCUUAGUUAUAAAUCAACAGCAAUACCAAAUGUAAUAAACAUGAAUAGUGGGGUCAAAAUGCAUUAUUCGCCACCUUCACUCGUUUCUUCGUCUUCCUCGGAAAGAAUAAUUUGGAAAAGCUUAGAAAAACGGCAAGUACAAAUGUACAAGACGUUUGCUGAUUCCGUAGCAAAUCUUCACACCACAAGAAAUCCUAAUUACAAAUAUCGCCCGAAAAGAAAUCGUGCCGCUUGGAAGCACAGCAAAAGCACCGGCGGAAGCAGCUAUGACAACAACAAUAUCAGUAAUCUUGACGCUAAUAAUAAUUUGAUCAUAAAAAAUAAUCCUUUGUUUAGUGGUAUUCCUCACUUUGGACAAUCCGGCGCCAAUGACAACCACAACUAUGACAAUUUCGUCAGCAAUGAUUACUUAGAUUUAAACAACUACGAUAGUAAUAACGACGCCAAUAACAUCGACAAUAACAGCGAUAAUAACGUUGGUCCCUAUGUGAUCAAUUAUGGUUAUACACAUUAUUACGAAACGCCUUAUACUUUACGGUCUAACGAAAGCAACAGUAAUGUUGGUAAUAAAAGUACUCUUUUCAAUGAAAACAACAAUAAUAACAUCGAAGAUAAUUUUAUUAAUACUACCGCCAGUAAUAAUUUAGAUUAUAACCUUAGUAAUAUUAUUAAUUGGGAUUGUAAUAAUAAUCGUUGCUUUGAAAAUAUUUUCUUUUCAUAG